ACACGCCCAGUAACACACACAUGCCACACACUCUCAGGUAAAGCUUUGCUUCAUAAAUCCACAUGCAGCAUGUAAUGUACCUGUGUACUCCUUCAAAAAAUUAAUAAACUAAGGCGUCCAUUCACUCAAAUCUCUGUAACAUGAGAAAGAAUAAAGAGAAAGACGGUGGAAUGAGGGGACCUGACCAUGUGGAAAAGACCCAGAGCUGGAUUCCAAAAAUAAUAAAGAAAAAAGUGUGCAAUACUUUCAUAGAGGACCCCACAAGCAAUGGUAGCCUGUGCCAAUGUGGAAGUCCCCGGGAAAAGCAUGUUGCAGUUACAACGGAAGACAACUUUUCAGCUGCAAUGGUCAGUAAGUGGGACCCACAGUUACAUACCAAAGAGGAGCCAACUGAUGCAUAUGGAACGCUGGAGUUUUCUGGAGUCAGCAGAAAGCAAAGCCAUUUCUUGCGCUGUUCAAACAGCACUGAUCCUAAAAUCAUCUACAACAUGCUAACUGGCACCUGGAACAUUCCCCCUCCCAAUCUUGUAGUGUCAGUAAUGGGUGGCAGUGAUAAAAUGAAGGCCUGGAUGAUUGAUGUGCUGAGGCAAGGGUUGGUGAGAGCAGCCCAGAGUACAGGUGCAUGGAUCAUAACAAAGGGCAUACGAACUGGCAUCGGGCGCUAUGUUGGAGAGGCAGUUAGAGAUCAUGCCACAGCUAGAACCCAGUCCAGUAACAAAGUCGUUGCACUGGGUGUAGUGCCAUGGGGAAUGGUCCACAAUAACCAUUUACUUGUCAAUGCCAAGGGAUCAUUUCCAGCAAAGUACAAUGCCAUGCAAAAACCUCCUGGCCGACACUCUCUGGACAGCAACUACUCAGCCUUCUUGCUUUUGGAUGAUGGCACUGUGGGCAAAAGCGGUUGUGAGUCACAGUUUCUAACGCGACUGGAAAAGCACAUUUCCCACCAAAGAACAGGAGUGUGGGGGAAAGGUAGCAUUGACAUCCCAGUAUUGUGCAUGUUGAUCACCGGGGAGCCAAAAAUGCUGGAGAGAGUAGAACAGUCAGUGAAGAACUCCAUCCCUUGGAUGAUUGUCGCUCGGUCAGGUGGAGUGGCAGAUUUCCUGUGUGAUAUCUAUGAUGAGGCCGUGACACAAGAAGGGCUGGCAGAUGUGUUGGAAGAUAAAGUGAAGAAACAUUUUCCUGGACAGAAUAUGGCCAACUUCACUGAGCUGGCACAGAAUAUCAUGCAGCAUAAAGACUUGCUCACUAUAUAUGAUGUUCACCAAGAUGGCACAGAAGACUUUGACACUCUUAUCCUCAAGUCUCUGGUAAAAGCAUGCAAAAAGCAAGAAACCAAUGCAAUAGAGUACAUUGAUGAGCUAAAGCUGGCGGUAGCCUGGAAUCGGGUGGAUAUUGCCAGGAGUGAGCUGUUCAAAAGUGUUGUGCAUUGGAAGUUUACAGACCUAGAGGAUCCAAUGACUGAUGCCUUAGUGAAUGAUAAGCCGGAUUUUGUGAAGCUUUUCAUAGAGAAUGGCCUUAGCGUGUUCGAGUAUCUCACUUACAAGAGGUUGGAGGAGCUCUACUGUUCUGUUCCUGAACAUUCCUUAAUUUAUCACCUGCUUAUGCGUAAACACAGUGAGCGUAAGGAGAUUCUUUUCACAAAGGAAGGGCCUAUUCCUCCAGAGGAAAUGGAGAAAGGGAAAAACAUCACUCUGUAUGAAGUGUCCAAAGUUCUUCACGAUUUACUGGGUGGAGUGUGUCACCCUAUGUAUUCAGAUGAUGUAUUGAUGGGCACAACAGAUUCAGCUAAAAGACCAGUCACAAAUGUGAGCAAUGCUUUCCACAAAAACAGUGACAAGUACCACCUUCAUGUAAUUCACCCAUGGACAAGUCUUUUCAUCUGGGCUGUGCUUCAGAACAGGAGGGAAAUGGCAGCUUACUUCUGGGAAAUGGCUGGAGAUUCAGUAGUCUCAGCUCUUGCUGCCUGUAAAAUCCUCAAGGAAAUGUCUCGUUUGGAAAAUGAGACUGAAACUAAAGUAUCCAUGAAGGAACUGUCUGCCAGAUUCGAGCAGCUGGCACAUGACAUGUUCAGCGAGUGUUAUCGGAGUAGCGAAAGCCGUGCAUUCACCUUACUCAUCAGGCAGUCUCCAACAUGGGGAAAAGCUACUGCUUUGCUUCUUGCCACUGAGGCUGAUGCCAGGCACUUCUUCAGCCAAGAUGGCGUUCAGUCUCUCCUUACACAAAUCUGGUGGGGUGAUAUCCAUCAAGGCACAGCAAUCUGGAAACUAAUUAUUCAUCUUUUUAUUCCACCGCUAGUAUACACCUCGCUCAUCAAAUACAGAAACACAGACGAAGAGACAAAGGAAGAGGAACAACAUAAACUUGAGUUGGAAAGCUUUGAAGGAGAUACUGUUCUCUCUCUUAAUGACAUUUUGAGCAAUGACUCUGAUACAGAAGAAAUGGAGGCACUGAAAGGAAAUCAUAAAGAUGUUUCAUCACAUGGUGUAAAGCCACAACCCCAACGUCCUUUCUAUGUGACUCGAUGGAAGAAGUUCUGGAAUGCACCAGUUACAGCUUUUCUUGGAAAUGUCAUCAUGUACUUCACUUUCCUGUUCCUCUUUUCAUAUGUUCUGCUUCUGGAUUUUCAACCCCCUCCCCCAAGUGGACCAUCAAAUUCUGAGAUUGUCCUCUACAUCUGGGUAGCCACACUGGUGUGUGAAGAAGUUCGACAGAGUUUUUUUGUAGGCAAUUUGAGCAUAAAGCAGAAACUGAAGUACUAUUUUGAGGAUAUCUGGAACAAAUGUGAUGUGACUGCAAUCUCUCUGUUCAUCAUUGGGCUAAUCUGUAGAAUGUUCCCAUUUUCUUAUGACCUUGGCCGAACCUUCCUCUGCCUUGAUUUUAUGAUCUUCACUCUCCGACUCAUUCACAUCUUUGCUGUUCAUAAGCAACUAGGACCAAAAAUAAUCAUUGUUGGGAAAAUGAUGAAGGAUGUGUUUUUCUUCCUGUUCUUUCUGGGUGUGUGGCUGCUUGCAUAUGGUGUGACGACACAAGGCCUUCUGCAUCCCAAUGAUUCUAGGGUAGACUGGAUUUUUAGAAGGGUCUUCUACAGGCCAUACCUUCAUAUCUUUGGUCAGAUACCCCUUGAUGAGAUUGAUGCUUCUCACAUAAGUAUACAGAACUGUACAAAUGAUCCUGUUGAAAUCAUGAUGGGCGAUUUUCCUCCCUGCACCAACACAUAUGCUAACUGGGUUGUCAUUUUGCUGCUGGUCAUAUACCUGCUCGUCACAAACAUCUUGUUGUUGAACCUGCUUAUUGCAAUGUUCAGCUACACAUUCUCAACUGUGCAGGGCUGCAGUGAUAUCCACUGGAAGUUUCAGCGAUAUAACCUGAUUGUUGAGUAUCACAACCGCCCAGCUCUUCCUCCACCUUUCAUCAUCUUUAGUCACAUCCAUCUCUUCAUCAAGAGGUGCAUUCGCAAAAUAGAGUCUAUCAAGAAAAGGCAUUUCAUGGUGGAACUGGAGAAACGUCAAGACAGCCGGCUAAUGACUUGGGAAGCAGUUCAGAAGGAAAACUUUCUUGUUCAACAAAACAAGUUGAAGAGAGAAAGCGAUAGUGAGCGCCUCAAACGAACAUCUGCCAAGGUUGAAAACAUUUUAAAAAGUAUGGCAGAUAUCAGGGACCACGACCAUAGGCUUAAAGUCCUGGAAAGCGAGAUCGAGUAUUGCACCAGUGCACUCUCAUGGCUGGUGGAGUCUUUUGCGCAAAACAAUGCAAACCAGCUCAGCAGACCUCCACCAGUUCUUAAGGACCAUGGAUCUAUCAGGAAAAAUGACUAAGCUCAUUCAUCAUUCUGCUGUUCAUUGAAGUCAUCAUUGGAUAACAGAGAAAGACAGAGUUGGGCGGAAUAACUCAUUUAAGCAUACAGACAUAAUAAGAACCACCAAUUUGCAUAUUUCCAGAGAUGAGGUAAAGAUCGGAUAAGCAAACAAAUGAAAUCAUGAAGAGGGGCCAUGAUGCAGGACCAGAGUGGACAUUUGUGAUCCCAGUCUACAAAAUAAUGUUGUGCUCACUUCUUCAUUUGUGCUUUACCAUUCAACGAUGUGCUAUUUAUAUAAAAAAAGGAACCAAAAACCAGUCAACUAUGCACCUUUCAGAUCAUGAAUACCUAAUAUCAGUUUAUUUCUCCACUGAAAAAUGUAAAUGUUCCAAUAUUGCUGCUGCACAGCACAUAUUACUCUCCCCAUUUCACUACCUGUUCCUUCCAUCCAACAUGAUGGCACAGCAACAACAAAUGGCAGAUUCUGCUGUUGUCAAUCAGAUGAUGUGUUUAUUUUUUAUAGUAUGUUUCAUGGUUACCAAUAUUUUCAAAUCUCUUAGACAAACCAUUGAAUACAAUAGGCAGAGAUGCCCACUUAUUUUGGAGGUGCAGACAUUCUGAGUGGCCAAAGUGGCCAAAUUGCCAAAGAUCAAAUAGCUGAUGUGAUAUCAUGUUCUGUAGUCACUAUGUCACUCUACAGUACCUUUUAUGGGAACGCAACUGGUCCUGUACCAUUUCUUAAAUGCAGUACAUAAUUUUGAUAUUUCAGAAUCUCCAUUCAAAUCAUUGUGUUUUCCAGCAUUACCUUUCAGCCUUGCAAUAUUCUCAACAUUAAUUAUCAAAAUGGAAUCAUGUCCUUACUGUGCUUUAUAGAUUUUAAAGAUCUGAAACAGUUUAAGGGCAUUACUUCUCAUUUUUUGUAUGUUAAGGGCAUUAUGUUCUAUUGAGGCACUGUAAUUCUGCAGAAAAUGAUGAUGUCUCACAGCCCCUACACACUGUUGCAGUCUUUUUCCAGUGACUCUGGUUUUGAGCCACAGUUAGAAAACAUUAUUUUAAGUGGACUGGGAUGAUUCCCAUUUGGCCUGGUGUGAAUGAAUGCAAGAUGAUUCAUGAGAGUGUUCCAUGAUUAACUGGUAGUCCUUGUAUGACCAGUUCAAAUCUUCUGCUUGCUGCUGCCUGGCACCAGGACAAAAUAUGAAUGAAUGACUGAUGGUGCCUUUUUUUAAAUGCUGUUUGAAGUGUUUACAAAAACACCAAGGGCAACAAAGGAUUAAACAAAAUAAUUUUAAAAAUGCUUAUUUUGUAAAAUUGUGUUAUUUUCUGUAAUUCUGUCUGUGUGAACUGUACAAAAAAAGAAUAAACUUAUUUUUUUCCUUGUUAA